CUCCUUUCUUACAAGUUAUUAGAUUCCUCUCUCUCUCUCCCUCUCUCUCAUUAUUUUUCUUUCAAUUAGUGAUAGAGAAAAUAUGAGUUUGAAAGUGUUUUGGCUUGUGCUUAUGCUUGCUCUUCUUGUACUCUGCUCAAGGAUCGACAUUGGCGAGGCGAGGAAAGGAAGGCAUUGGAGGCCGAGGAGAGGAGCUUCCAGUGCUUCCUUGGCCAAGAAGAAAGCGAAGGGAAAGGUUGGCAAUGGUGGUGGUCAUCAUCAUCAUAAGGGCGGAGCAAUCAAUCGGCCCAGCCCAGAUCACAAACCAGUAAAACCAACCCCAACCCCAAACCCGAACCCAAGCCCGAGUCCAAAACCAGGGAAAGGAGGGUACCUACCUUCUCCACGCUCAGUUAUGUUCAAUGUGCUUGAUUUUGGAGCAAAGGGGAAUGGAGUCUCUGAUGAUACUAAGGCAUUCCAGGGUGCAUGGGCAUCAGCUUGCAAAGUGGCGGCCUCGACAGUGCUGGUUCCAUGGGGAUAUAAGUUCCUUGUGGGACCCAUCUCCUUCUCGGGACCCUAUUGCCAACCAAAUAUUGUAUUUCAGUUGGAUGGGAUUAUCAUUGCUCCAACAAGCCCGAAGGCUUGGGGAUCAGGGUUGCUGCAAUGGCUCGAGUUCACAAAACUGAGAGGCAUCACAAUUCAAGGUCGAGGCGUCAUAGAAGGAAGGGGAAGUGUUUGGUGGACAUACUCACAGUGGGAUGAUGAACCAAUAAGCACCGAGCUCAGCGGGAAUAUGCCAAGCAUAAAACCAACAGCACUAAGGUUUUAUGGAAGUUAUAAUGUAACAGUCACCGGAAUAACGAUCCAAAACAGCCCACAAUGCCACCUCAAGUUCGAUAACUGUGAAGCUGUCCAGGUCUACAAUAUGAGUGUCUCUUCCCCAGGAAACAGCCUCAACACCGACGGAAUUCACCUCCAGAAUUCAAGGAGCAUCGCCAUCCAUCAUGUCGAUCUUGCCUGCGGUGAUGACUGCGUUUCGAUCCAAACUGGAUGCUCGGAUGUGAAAAUACACAGCAUUCACUGUGGUCCUGGCCAUGGAAUCAGCAUUGGAAGCCUUGGGAGGGACCACACGAAGGCAUGUGUUUCGAACAUUACUGUCCAAGACAUUGACAUUCAUAAUACCAUGACUGGUGUCAGAAUUAAAACCUGGCAGGGCGGAUCCGGCUCCGUCCAGGGAGUGAAAUUCACAAACAUCAGAAUGUAUGAGGUCCAGACACCUAUAAUUAUCGACCAGUUUUACUGUGAUAAAAGCACUUGCAUGAAUCAAACAUCAGCAGUGGCGCUUUCAGGCAUUAGUUAUGAAAGCAUCAGAGGGACUUAUACUGUCAAACCAGUGCACUUUGCCUGCAGCGACAUCAUUCCUUGUUCAGAUAUUAGCCUGUCAGAGAUAGAACUCAAGCCAAUACAAGAACAAUACCACAUGUACGACCCAUUCUGCUGGCAGGCAUUUGGGGAAUUGUUCACUCCAACAAUUCCUCCUAUCUUCUGCUUGCAGAAUGGUAAACCAACAAGCAACCGUAUUCAAUCUGGUGAUGACACAUGCUGAUAGCAACACUUUGUGUCACGAUGAUAUGUAAGUUUUAGAGUGUAUAUAAGUGCGGUCGUGAAUUUCCGACCCCUUAGUACCAGCGACCAGGGCAUACAUGAGUUAUUGCGUGUAGAUACAUGCCUAUGCAUCAUGAUCAAUAGAGCCAGCAUUUUGCUUGAUUCA